GUAACAUAAUUAAAUUGUCAUGUCAAAAAUAAUCAAAAAUUCACAACAACAAAGUUAUAAAUUAUUGCGAUUGUUGUGCAAUUUUAGUUCUUUGACCAUAUAAUGUACAUAUUUAUCGCUGGUAAAUAAGCUGCAGUGUGGACGAAAGAUGGUUGAUACGCUAAGUUGACAAAAACUAUAUUUGAUGGGUUGUGCGGCGUCUUGCUUGGAUCACACAACUAUGUCGCUGUUCGGGAGACAUUCUCACAACGACAACGAUGAACGAGCCCAAGUCGAGAGGAAGCUCUACAUCGCUAAAGAGUCUCCGGAACCAGUGUUCGAUCUCUCCAAGUGUAACCUCCAGGAGGUUCCGUCCGGGAUAUACUCUAUUUGUAAAGUAUACAGAAAGGAAUUGCUCUAUUUGAACAAUAAUAAUCUCUCUUCCCUUGACCACGGUGGAAGCCUUUCAGAUUUGUACAUGAUAAAAUGCUUUAAUAUAAGUUUUAACAAGCUAUCUUUUCUGCCUAAUGAUAUCAGAUAUUUGGUUAAUGUAACUGAGCUAUAUUUACAGAAUAACCAAUUACAAAGCAUCCCAGAAAGUGUUAGUUAUUUACAAUGUUUGAAAAUCAUUGAUGCUUCUAAUAACUGCCUCAAGAAGCUGUGCUCAGCUCUUGGUAAUUUGGCAAAUUUGAAAGUCCUGAAAAUAACAGGAAAUAAAGAUCUGGUGGAGUUACCUUGUGAGUUAUGUAAAGCCAGCAACAUCACAGCCAUAGAGCUUGAUGCGGACCAAUAUUUGUUCCCACCACCUGGCAUUAUAACUGAAGGCACAGAAAGUAUCAUGAGGUUUAUGUGUGAAAAAAUGGGUUUUCCAUAUAUUCCACCAUCAAAUGAGAGCAAUGACGAAUCUUUAGUGCAGAGCCCUAGUGCACUCGUUGACCCUUUUACAAAGAAUCAUGCUAUUCUGUGGGAGCAACAGGAAGCUGCUUUAAAGGAACAAGAAAAGAAAUUCCAUGAUGCAGCUAAAUUAAACAAAGAAAAGAUUCUGUCCCAAGUGCUGCGAGAACAAACAGAAUUAGAUGCAGAGAUUGCCAAAUGGCAAGGAGCUAAGGAUAUUGAAAGAUUAAGACUUAUUAGUGAAAUACAAGAAGAUGAAAAGGAAAUAGAGUGUUUAGUUAGGAACUUUCUUCAAUCUGUGAAUCUGAAGCCAGAAGUGGUCCAACAACAACUGCAGCAUGAGCAAGCCGAGCAUGACCGGCUAUUUGAGAUUAUCAGACAAAACUAUGACAAUGUAAGAAAAGCAGAUGUUUUAAAAGCCAUGGAAACAUUGAUAACAGAAAACUUUUCUAUGCAAAAUACUAAGAGGGGAAAUGAGGAUCAAUUGAAUAACUUUAAGCAAACUAUACUAUCCCAAGAAUUAGAAAGUACAGAAAAACUAGACCAAUUAUACAGAACCAAAGAUCAAUCCAGAACUGUUCUGAUUCAUCAACUGCUGGAAGACCAAGAUGUACAGAAGGCUGUUGUUGCUUCUUUAGUGGAGAAGGUUGAUGCCAGAAGUUGGAGUUUAAACCAGGAAAUAUCACUUAUUUCUUCAAAUUUAGCUAGGCUCUCUGCCAUUGAACAAGAAAAGAAAAAACUACAUGUGGCUUACAAUUUUAAUGAGCUUCUGUAUCAGAGGACGCAGCUGCUGAGUCUGCUCGAGGACCUCCAGGCGCAGCAUCAUAAGAGAAGAGCUCAAUUACUUGAAACUAUGAGAGAGAUGGAUGAGCAAAAAGAUUCAAGCACAGAUUUUUGGUUAAAAAACUACCAAAAGGUUGUAGAAUCUGCCCCAAAAUCUUUGUUGGUUAUGGGAAAAGUGUUGGACCCGGUUCUAGCAAAUUAUUUGUUACAAGAAGGAGUCAUUCAUUGCCUACCAUUUCUAUUUCAAUUCUUGUUUUCUGACGAAUCCCUGUUACAUGUGACUCCUGCUAAGCUGAAACAAAAUGGAGUAUCACUGGCUGUAGAUAGAGAUGGCAUAAUAAGGGCUAUUCAGUUAUACAUUGCAGCAAAGAGUGAGAACCACAAUUGCCUGUCAGAUACUACUGUGACUCCAAGCGCUCCAUUACCAAGUGAAAUAUCAGAGAAUAGCUUGACUGGAGUGGUAGAUAGUUCGACCACAGAGGGUCAGAGUGUGGAGUCUGAAUGUGUGAUAUGCAUGGACGCCCGGUGCGAGGUGGUGUUUGUCCCGUGCGGACACCUGUGCUGCUGCUUGCCUUGCUCAGACAAAGAAAUGGAUUCUUGCCCCAUGUGUAGAGGAAGCAUAGAAAGGAAAAUGAAGUUAAUUGUUGUGUGAAGUUUACACAGAUUUUUUCACUUAGCAGGUCUUAACGUACAUGGCUUUUAUGAGGGGAAAUCUGACAAUCACCAAUGACCACUGACCAGCUCAGCAUGUGAGAUUUUAAAAUAUACUACCUACUUAUGAACAAUAGUUUACCCACCAUAGGUAAGCCAGUACUCAUAUGAUUAUUAUUUCAGUAUUCGGUAUAGGUAGGUACAGUCAACACGCGAGAUACCUAAUAAGACCUAUGUAUCCACCCACCACAGUGAAAAAAGUUGCACCCUAAGAGUUACUAGGAACAGAUAGACCAGUUGAAGAAUAUUUAUAUUCGAAAUUAUUGCUCCUCUAAUCAUGUAACCUUUGUCCGUAAUUUUUUAUAUGAUUGUGUAAGUGGUGGAUACUUUACUCUUUUGCUGACUGUACAUUAGACUUUUCUACAUAUUCGUACAAGCAAUAAUAGUUUAUUAUCGAGAUAUGUAUAGCAUUUAAUUAUAAGCUUUAAAUAUUUUAAGGACAACCAAUAUACAUGGUUGGAAUGUAUUUGUUUAACACAUGUAUCAUUGAUUGAUAAUAUUAUAUCCACACUAACACAAAUAUUAUAAAACUAGUCAUAAAAUAUCCA